AUGACCCGGUCAGCCCCGGCCAACACGCGGCGAGCCAACCUCCGGACAGCCGGCACCAUCAAGCCUCUGAUCAGACCUGAAGAUCUGGAAGCUGUUGAGCUGGGAAACACCAGGAUGACCCCAAAAACCCUGUCCAGACCCAGAAGUGUGCAGGACCGCUUCAUCACCUCGUCCUCUCUCAUCAAUGCUGUCGUAGGGGGUUCUUCCUCUGCCAAUGAUCAUAUAUACGGAGUACCUUCAGUACGGAGCGAUCUAUCCGCUCCUCGUGUCAAACGCGUCGGUGACCGGACGAACUACGGAGACGAACCGACAGCACGUGAUCUGCUCCGCCCCCCUCUGCAUUCCCUCUACGGAGUCCAUGAAGAAGAGUUUUUAAGCCCUCGCACCAAACACCAGAUUGCAGAGAUUUUCCAAAAAGUGGGUCUCAAUGUUGCUGAGGAGACAUUUGAGGAAGCCUGGAAGUUGGCGUCCAUGAGAGAUCCUGACGGUGACGUUUGUGUGGAGAGCUUUCGAAAUGUUCUCAGUGAACUACAGGCUAAUUAAAGUAUUUCAAGUGUCCUUUAUCCUUAAAGAGGACCUAUUGUGCUUUUUUUUUUUCAUGUUCGACUCUCUUUAGUGUGUAAUGUUGCUGAGUUAUUCUCUAUAUCAGUGUUUAUGAACUCCUGAAACGCCUCCAUUGUAGUCUCGAGUUUAUUCCACGUCACAAUAUUCCUCAUUAUAAUAAUUAAUGCGCAGAAUAAAGGGGCGGGGCCUGGUUGAGUUAGUUAGUAGUGUGUUAAACUGGCGGUUAUGGUAAAUUAAGGGUGGGACAUUCACCAAACACACUGAUCCGGCCGACCAAUCAGAGCACAGGAGAGACAGGAAGUAAACCGAGCGUUACUGACAGACUGGGAAGAGAGGAGCCGCAACAAUGGAGGAUAUGAGGAGAAUAAUCAACAUUCAAGCAGCAAAACCUGACUUUGCAAAAGAAAGACUUCGUGAAAAGGCAUAAUAUGGCCUUUUUAACUUCACAGUGCAAAUUAAAUGUGAGGCUUUGUGACACUAUAAUCCAAAACUUGCCUUUGUUCAGAUUAUUUAGGAGAACUGUGUGCUUUUAAAGCUUCAGGUGCCUUUCAAGAGAUCAUUUGCGUAUAAGUUUGAACAAUAAUCAGCGCGGACACAUUAAACUAGUAAUAAUUACGACUCCAGCGUUUAAUCUGAAGUGCGUUCAGACCCUCAUGACUUCCACAACUGCAGUGUUUUAUUAGUUCAGAUCCAUUAUUGGGUCAGCGGUAAUUUCAGCCAUGUUAUUUGUUUAAUUUAGUCUCUUGUCAAAUGAAGCAAAGUGCUGCAACGGGCAAGAAGUGCUCUCGACGUAUCGUAAUAAUAGCUCGGCUUAGUAAUGAAUUUUUGCCUCCCAGGAUAGCACUGAGUUUACUUAGAGGACGUACGCUGCAUUUAGAUUGCUGUCAAUUAGCAUUUUCUCCUGAAGGACUAAUGUGGUGUUAUCUGUUAUGAGUAAUGAUGGUUAUUUUCCACCUAUUCAUGUCUUGGACUAGUAAAUGUUAAAGUCAACUGGUUAAUGCAUGAUGUCCCCGAUCCAAUGCAUUGUGUAAAAUCAGGUCCUGACAUGUUGACUAGCAUCAGAUUGCAGUAAAAUGCAUUGCAUUUCAUGUCGACUUUAAUUGCACAAGCAAAUGUACAGUAGAGAGAUGAAUUCAUCAGCAUUAUUUGGCAAUGUAACACACAUACAUCAGAAAUGUGAGUAACUGAUUAAUAACACCAGCACAGAGUCCCUAAUCCAUGAUAAAAGCCUAGAGGAGUCUUUGUAAAGCACAUUCAUGCUUUUAUUUUCUUUUGUUCAGUUCACAUGUAGUUGAAGCCAGCGUGAUUAAUUGCCUAAUAUGGUAUUAACAUAUUUAUUUCAAUUGAAACAGGAGGUAUGAUAUCCACUGUUAAUCAUAUUAUGACUUGUUUGCACACAUGUGACAAAACACCCACGCAAGUCGAACAAGAACAAUCCAUUUCUGCCUCCAAAAAUUAUAAUAAUCCCAAAGCCAUAUUUCUAAAUGAUUUAAUGAAUUUCAGUCAAUGAUAAUUCGAUGACUCCCUGUAAAGCCAUGAAUGCAUAAACAAUGACGUGCCAUAAAAGAGAAAUAGGAUGACAACCACGCAUGGGUGAGAACAUCUUUUUGUCAGUUUAACAAAGGAUUUAUUUUAAUAUCUAAAUUAGGUGAUAAUUAGUCUCAACAACCAUCUGUGGUUCUGUACGUAUCAAAUAUCAUAAUUAAUUAGGGCUGUUGGAAAUCUUCAUUUGUGGCAUGCUUGAUGAUCUGAAAGUGACUUGGAUAAUGGAGGUGCAUUAGACUUAUUAGAAAUAUUUCGGAAGCAAACUUUGUCCCCAAUUAAAAAUCAUUCAAAACAUUCAAAUCAUUCUGGAUUUUAAAUGAUGUCAUUUAAAUGUAAAUGACAUUUUUGUAGGUGAAUUUCAUGGAAACUUGCAAAUGCAUGUUAUCAAAAAGUAUGUUUUGCAUUGAGUAAACUAUGAAAAUAAAGCACAUCUCCUCUCA